GACUCGGAGCACUAAGGGGCGGGGGUGUGGGACAUGUAUACACGUACAUGUACAUAUUCGUGAACAUUAUGAACUAGGAACGUGGGUUGGAAAAAAAUCAGUUUUCGAAAUGCAAGUGGGGGGCGACUACUCCUCCCCCUGAGCCACGCCGCUGCUGAAGAAAACUCAUGCAUGGAAAUGAUGGCUAUCACGUAAUCAGAGUGCACCUCUAAUUUUCUGUUACAAGGUAUCCGAAAAACAGCACACGUGUACGAAAUAGCAAGAUGGCGGCGACCACUGAAGACAACUUUAAGUUUGGGUUGGACAUUCAUUUCGCCCAACGACUAGCAGGAAAUGUCACAAAGAUACGAGAGAGGACAGUAAAAAAACUGAAGAGAUGGAUUGCCGCUCGAUCUCUGAAACUUGGAGAUGUUGGCAUGGAGCCAGAGCUCAUGCGGCUGUGGAAGGGGCUCUUCUACUGCAUGUGGAUGUGCGAUAAGCCUGUCAUCCAGGAAGAGAUGGCUGAUAAAAUCGCUGACCUUGUUCACAGCUUCACAACACCACAGGGAUGGAACAACAACUGGGAAGAGAGCCUUGUGGAUCAAUUCUUGGCCGUGCUGUGUAAGACGCCGUUGAGCCCGGAUCCGGAGGCCUCACCCGACGGCCUACGCUAUCACUUCAUCGAUAUUUACCGGGCGGAGCUGGCAAGAUGCGGGGGAGAUGAGCUGACUCCAAAUGAUCAAGUCAUGAAACUCAUUGAUCCAUUCUGUGUCCUGAUGACGACAACCCAUAACAAGACCCUACUGAAGGUCAUCCUGCGCGGCUUCUUCCAGGAAAUCGUGGACGAGUCGGACGUCGGAUUCCCGGUGGAGUCAGAGGACGAGGGAAUCGACUCGGGGGGAGAGGAAAAGGGAGACGGCGACAAGAGGAAGAAAGAAAGUGAGGAGGACUUGGAGAAGGAUGAAGAGGAAGGACCAAAAGAAAUCAACCAGAAAAAGCAGUUUGUGCGCAAACCAAGGCCCAAAUUAAAGUAUGACUAUGGAGCUAUUGCAGAUCGUCUCUUCACCCUUGCCAGCCAGCAGUCCACCCCAGGCUUGGCCCGAAAAAAAGUGUAUGCCAUCGUGAAAAAGUUCAGAGAUUUGACCGAAGGCGUCUUCCCAGACUACAAUGUGGGCUCCCUCCUGGACUACCAGGAUGACGAUGACGAAACCGAGCGCAUCUUUGGCGAGCGGCUCCCGCCGGAUAAGAAGAAGAAGCCAACCCGUCGAGGUGGAAAGCAGGUUAGAGAACGCAGACUCGCCAAGGUCAAGCUGCAGGCCGCUAGGGAUGCGGCAGGCACGGGCAAGCGUUUCGCCGAUGUCUCGGACGAGGACGAUUGGACUGACGAAGACGAGGAGGACCAAAAGAGGAAGAAGCGGCGCAAGAGGAAGAAGAAGAAGGCCAAGAAAGUGGAAGGAGAGACGAUGGAAGUCACCCCAGCAGAUGCCGAGCAACAGAAGGAGAUGUCGUCUGAAUUGGAGGACGCGAAGAAGGGUCUUGAUGAAGAAGGUGCACCGUCUGAACAAGCGACCGUCGCAGUAAAGGAGUCCGUCGUCAGUGCAAGCAUCGCAUUACGAGAAAAUGAUGUCUUGGAAGCCAUGCCCAGCCCAGGUUCAGAUGAGGCGGACGGUGGAAGCGUGGAGAAGAUGAGAGGGGAGAAAAGGAAGUCAGGGGGCAGCGAAGAGGAAGUCCCAGGGCCCAGCCCAAGUGACGAUGGUGCACAGGAGACAGAAACAACCGCUGAAGAAGAUCCCAAGAUGGGCGUGAAGGUGACUGACGAGGUUGUAGUGGUCGACGUGGCAUCAUCAAAUCCAGUGUCCCACAAAAAGGGCGCUAAAAAGCUUAAAGGAAGACAGGUUCGGCAGAAACAAAGCGUGGAUGAAUCAGAAAGAGAGGGGUCUUCAGAUUUCAGUGCACAAAAUGGAACAAACAAGGAGGAAACAAGCACUUCUCAGGAGGAAAUCCAGCUUAAUGUUUCCGAGGUCAGUGAGCCAAGCCCAUCAACAGAGAGUUCCAAGAUCGACAAAGCUUCAGCAGCCACCAGCAGCACAUCACCAAAACUGAAUGCAGGUAGCCAGAAAACAGUGUCAGAAGGAGGGAAGCGAAAGGUGGAGCAGCCAUUCGCAGCAUUCCAGGCAGUGAGCACACCCCCUGCAUUGGUGAGACGAAAGACGGUCAGGAAAGGGAGCGAGCCAAAGACAGAACCGCCAAGAAAAACAAAGUCGCGACUUUGCGAUGACAGUGACUCUGACCAACCCACGCCCAGAAAACGCGUGAAGAUAGCGCUUGGCCUGAACAAAGCCCAUGCCUCCCAGGACUACAAGAAGCAGCUGGAGUCCAGCCCAGGCAUCCCUUUCGAUGGCUCCAAGAAACCCACCCAAUCAGUCCUAAAAACACCCAGUCCACAACCCCACCCACCUGGCAAGAAGAAAACAGCAACACCCACUUCAAAGACGCCCCGGCGUGGUUCCAAGUCAUCCCCUCCAGUCGGCCAAAAGGCCUCCACGCCCAUCCUCAAGACUGCCGCGCUGGUCCUGAAGACCCCGAGUCCCAAGGUCAUCAAGGAGGUGGAUCUUACAACCAGCUCUAGAAAGAGGCGAAGUCCCAAAACUGCGCCCAUUCUGCGGAGGUCCUCAAGAAUCAAGAAACUAAUCCAAAUAUGAACACUCUGCAUUAUAAUACUGAAGGCUCCACCUCUGACCGACAUUACUGUCAUCACAAAUACAGAUGUAUUCAGAAUCAAAACUAGAAACCAAUCUGUAUGUUUGUUUAUUAAUUUACUCAAUCAUUAAUUACAUUAUAAACAGACAGCUAAAAAGGAAUCUUUUCACCCAUUUCCUUAGGGAAGUUUUCAAUUUAUUUUUUAACCAAAUUUGAAAUGUAGCAAAAUUCUGAACUUUUUAACAUGUUGACAGCCGACCUCGAGUAUACUCGUAGCAACAGGUGUACCGGAUUCUGCCACUUCGAUUAUACCUGUAGGAAACGAAAGGCUUUUGUAUUGUGAAUUGAAUACACUGACGUCACUGAGAACACAACAGAUGCGUUGCUAGUAGUGUUAAGGGUACAUGUAUAAAAUACUCUUCCUCAAAUUGACUUAUUAAAUAUGCACGCAUGCAUACAUCGCUUGGCAAAUGGAAACGUCCCGUGAAACUAUGCAUGGCAGUCAACGUGUUAGCAUUGAUUAGUCAAAACAAAAAAAAUGAAACUAUUUUCCAGCAUAGAUCGGAUGAGGAAAGUCACUCGCUAUUUGCAUGUUUUGCUGUUCACAGUUUAAAAUGAACUUUGGUUUGUAAGCAGCUGUAAAAUUUGACAAAGCUUCAUGACUGUGUCAUUGGCAAAGAAAAGCAGUAACAGUUAUUAUUUAUUGCUUACCAAAAUAAUGUCAUCAUGUUAAUUUAAGGAACUCGAGGCUAAUUACAUGAAGGAAGGAAUAUUUGGAAAACUGAGGGGUAGCUACAGAGUUUGUUUUUUUCAAAUCAAAAGAACUGUAUAGUCAGGAAAGAUUUUCUUUGGGGCUGAAAAGGGCCAGCUUGAAGAAAAUGCAUUCUUCCUUCCCUUACAAAUGUUUUUCCUUUUCUUUCAUAAUGGAUGGGGAGUAAACCCUUUCAAAGUAAUUGAAGCUGAGAAUAAUAAACCAUUAGUACUCCGUACCCCAGAAA